AUGGCUAUCCCAAAUGUUCCCUCAUCACUCUUUGCUGAAGCGGAAGCGGUAAGGUGGGCCGUCCUCUGUUUAAGCCAGUCCCCGCAUAGGAAGGUUCACAUCUGCUCUGACUGUCAAGAUGUGAUUUCGGUGCUUCAUGACCCUGAUGCUUGGCCAAGUCUGGCUCCCCUGGUUCACAAGACCUUUGAGAUUGGUCGCAGUUUUGAAGACUUUGCGUUCUCUUAUAGACCUCGAAGCUAUAAUCAUGCUGCUGAUGGCCUUGCACGAGCUGCUAGUCAGCUGCAAACUUAUAUACCUUCCCUCGUUAAUGUAUUUCCUAUUUGGCUACAGCCUUUGGUUCAGACUGAUUUGCAAAACAGUGUAUUCUCUGUUUGA